GGGACCAUUUCAAGACGAAGGCGAUUGUUUCUGUCAAAACUCAAAAGUUGCUUCAACUGCUGAUUCCCUUGAAAGCCUAGAGGCCACGGCGGUGGAACGAGACUACCACCUGCAAGCGGCAAAGGCGAAUUCGAAGCUCAAGGCUGUUAGGCGACAUACGUGAUACGAGUAUACGACCCAUUUACAUUACCAUCUCUAUAUAUAAGCUGAUUGUGUGAGUUGGGCACUGAUGAUGAAAUGCUCAGCGCAAUGAAGCUUCGAGACUCGUUCUUGAAGCUAUUAUCCUCAUCAUUAUCAUUCUCUUAGAUUUAUAGCUGCUAUUUCUCCAUUACAUACUUUCUUAGUGAUUGGUGUUCAUGUCCUAGCUCUCCUUCAAGUAUUUAACGCCUCCUUCUCCGGUGGUCGACCAGGGAUGCUGCAACAAAGCUAGAGAUACUACGCACAGGGUGUGCUGAUGAUUGUUCACCAUGGGCUUUGUUUUGUGGUUUGUUGAAGAUCUUUCAUUCCUGAUUCUAUAGAAUCCUGAUCAUAUGGAACCAUUCAAUGUAUCAAUUAUGGAUGGAGCUCCAGUGGAUGGGACUCUGAUGGAGACUGGAAAUUUGGGAAUCAGAAAUGAUGGAGAUGAUCCUGGAGAAGUGGAAUGGUUAAGGCACCAUGUUGAUGAAAUGAUUGGAAAAGUUGAUGAUCUUGAGCACAGAGUGAGGGAGGUGGCUCAGUUCUACUUGUCCUCGAACAAAAAGCUGCCAAACAGUUCUAGAAGUAGUUCAAUUGUGAAGGAUAAGGACAAGGAGAAACUGAAUCCAAGCAUCAAGAAGCAGCAGCAAGAUGCAACACAGAGAGAAACUGCUGCUGCAAAAAGGAUGCAAGAGCUUAUGCGCCAAUUCUCCACAAUAUUGCGCCAGGCAAUUAACCAUGCAUUGCCCCUCUGUUCCUCUAAUCAUGAGUCAUCUGUAUCCAUAUGUGUGCAUUUUUUCAUCCUUCAAAUACUUAUUUGUAAUACUUAAAUGAUCCCUACAUGCCCCCCUCCCAAAAAAAAUAAAAAAAAAGGCCUAAAAUUUUAUGCUUUGAGGUGAAGCUUAAUGUAAGUUCUUCUUAUUAUGAUUACCUAA